AUGGGGAAAGCAUUCUCAAGUUGCAGGAUGCGCAAAUCUAUUAGGUCCAAUCGUGCCUUAUUAUCAUUUGAGAAUGUACAAAAUGAAGCAGCACCUUUAAAAUAUUACCUACCGAAUUUCAUAAGUGACACAGACAUAAUGGUAAUAUUACAUUUUCUUGAUCGAUACCUCUUUCAAAGCAACUUUAAUGCUCCGAUUGAAGAGUUGUUGCUUGAUGGAAAAUUUAAAGUCUUAGAUGUGUGUUGCGGGGCGGGAACUUGGUUAUUAGACAUGGCUUCGGUUUAUAAAUCCUCAAAUUUUUUUGGAAUUGAUUUGUGUUCUGUAUUCCCGACAGAAAUUAAACCUCAUAAUGUGGAAUUCGUGCAAGGUGAUAUUUUGGAAGGGCUUCCAUUCGAAGAUAAUACAUUUGACUUCGUACACCAAGGAAACAUGGUAGAAAUAUUCACAUUGGGUCAAUGGCGUUUUAUUACAAUGGAAUUAAUUAGAGUAUGUAAACCGGGCGGGUACAUCGAAUUCACUGAACCCGAAUUAGGAAAUAACCCUGGCCCAAUACUUUCAAAAUUCUAUGAUGCACUGAUCAAAUUAAGCGAAUCUCGUAAUGUCAAAAUUCGAAUGUAUGAAAAUCUUAUUAAUAUCUUGGACUCAAUACCAAUGGUACAAAAUGUUGAAUCAGAAAUAAAGAGUACCAUAUUGGGCUCAAAGAGAGGAGGAAAUGCUGGGCAUGAAUAUUUGGAAGUACAUAAUGGAUAUUUCUUAAAUGUACCGAUGCCUGAAACGAUGUGUAAAUUUAUGGGACUUACGGAAGAACAAUAUUUCGAAAUGUUUUACGAAGCUAAGAAAGAAGUUCUGGAUGGUAUUGCUCCAGAAUGCGAAGUAUAUCGCAUAUGGUGUCAAAAGAGAUUUGAGGAAGAUUAG